AUGGUCAAAGUCCUCAUCUCCCUCAGCGUGUUGGCCGCUGCCGCUACGGCUGGCUCCGUCACGGAACUCCCCGAGUCUGUGACCAAGCUCAUCGACUACUCCAUCAACCCCUGCGACGACAUUUACCGAUAUGCGUGUGGCGCGUGGUACAAUGAUGCUGUGAUCCCCCCGGACAGACACCAAGUCGAUACGUCGUUCUCCAAGAUCUACAUCGAAAACCAAGCCGUGUUGAAGACGAUUUUCUCCAGCUUUGACGACAACGACUCGACCAAGAACGCCCUCUUCGGUUUCCGAACCCCCCUGUCGCUGAGUCGCUCAUACUACACCAUCCCUUCCGAGUGGGAGACCGUCGAAGCCGACUACAAGGUAUACAUUUCGACGGAGUUGCAGCUAGCUGGCUACUCUGCUGAGCAAGCGGAGGCUGCCGUGCCGGUGAUCAUCCGUUUCGAGCAAACUCUGGCCGGUGUCGCCCUCAGCGAGCUCGAGGAGAUGGAGGCCGUUGUGUCUCCGUAUACUGCGCUUACGUACUCCCAACUAAACCAGAAGUACCCGCUGCUUGUCGGCUCGUGGCUCAAGGCCAACGGCUUCGACGUCCGCGACCAGUGCGGUGGGUCGAAUGACUGGGUGGGUUUUUACGACUUGACCUACUUUGACAAGGCCGAAGUGUUGUUGGCGAACACGACGCUGGACAACCUCCGAACCAUCGUGGAGUACAAGCUCAUCCACGCCUCGUCAAACCACUUGACCCCUGCAUUCCGCACGGCCAACUGGAACUUGUUCGGCAAGAAGAUCUAUAACGAAACGGUGAAACCUUCUCGUGAAAAAUUCUGCAAGUAUCAGACGCGCAAGACCGUAGGGGAUCUCUUGGGCCAGUACUUCUUAGACGCGGUUAAAUCAAACAACCGUAAUCGAUGUUACUUUGUAGGCCACGUGACCUAUCUUCAAUACUCGCACUUCCAUUGGGUCAUAUUUGAUGUUCAUACAGCUGGUGCAAUGGCCUCGUUCCCGCAACGCGAAACCUCAACGCUAGAAGAUAUUCACGGUGCACUCGUGGCCGAGAGGUCCAAGAAGGCCUACGCGUCUGGCAUUCGCCAAGUUGUGAAAUGGAUCGAACUGACAGAUCAAGGCGGUCAGCUUCUGCAUGGCGACGGUAUUCGCAUAAUCACUGCGACUGGUGAACAGAGUGCCUCUGUCCAAGAUAGCGGGAAGAAGCCACUAGGUUAUGCUGCCUUCGAUUCUUUGUGCCAUGAAACAAUCAAGGCGAUGGAUUCAGGAUUCCAACACCUCUUCGUCAUUCUGUCGUGGAACUUGAUGGCACGCUCAAAGUCGACUGAAACCAUUCAGUUGUCGCAUUUCUCCUACGAAGAAGACGCGGUUGGCAUCACGUUCAUGAAGUCAAAGACUGCCAAGAGGAAGAAGCGCCGUGACCCUCGUCAUGUCUACGCAAACCCUCUGCGACCUCACACCUGUGCCUUUCUGGCGCUUGGGUUGUACUUGGCUUGCAACCAAACGCUUGCACCUGGCGCGUUGUUGUUUGAGUCAAAUGCCGGCAGCACCGGUGGUCCAUCGCUUGUCAGCAUCUGCCUUCGCUGUGGUUGGUCGUUGGUGAGCGUCUUCGAACACUACAUGCACUAUGAGCGUGCAGGGGACCCAAUUUGUUGGCCGUGUGGUCGCGGGACUGCCGUUGAACAAUGCCAAAUUCGCUUUCUGCCUCCCCAUUUCAAGGACACCAACUCUGCUGCUGUCCUCGGCGCCAUCAGCGCUACAUUCCUUGCACUUGCUGAUGUUGCCCACCUUCGUGGCAUUCUGGCCCACGCACUCAAGGCCGAGCUCGUCUCCACGACGCCACGACUUCAACCGUCGAGCAUUCCACCGUACAUUGAGUCUUGUUGGAAAGAAUUUUCCGACUAUGAUCGGUACAAAACGGACGUCACGUUCCAGCAAAUGAAUGUACCGGCCGGUGCACACAAGGUCGAAGUAUCCGUGGUACGGAAUGGCUUUGCGAUUGACUGCACCAAGUCCUACAAGGGCAGCGUGUCGGACAAGACAAUCUUCGACGAGAACAUUGACUCUCACCUGGCCAACCGGGCAACGCGCACCGGAGAGACGACGCCCGAUGACUUUGAGCCUGGCAUGUAG